AUGGGCUAUUCGAUAUGGCAGCUCGUUAGAGGAAUAAUAAAAGCGGCGACGGUGUGUGCGUUCGAAAGCGCGCCGUCGACAAUGGAGACGCGCGCGCAGGUCACGGGCGGUGCGCGGCGGCCGGAAGUGUCUCCGGACGUCGAGAUUGUGCCCCGAGCCCCUGAUUCCUUCCGUGUUCAGGACUCCAUUUCAAAUUUCGAAUACAGUGACUCACAAACCUUCGUCGUAAAACCGAUAAUGAGAGGCUAUAGUGCACCUGUGCUAAGGGUGCUUUCUCACGGCGCGCGCGCACUUCUCACGCGCUCGCCUUACACUUCCUUCCUGCCGACGGACGCGUCGACCACACGCCCGGCCCCGCGCCGCGUCUGGACUAACGCGAUCGGAUACGCGCAAUUGAAAUCGUUCUUUAUU